AUGAUUGCAAUCCGCCUUGGUAUACGCCAGCGACAUCUUGGACGCUUCCAUGUUCGGAAUUUCCAACUUCCAGCUAACUACAAACCCAACGGGAGGUUUGUGAAUAAAUUGCCCUUUGGGAAACUUCUCAAUAUAUGGUGGAAAUCUCUUCGCCCUGGCCGCCUCGAAGAGCUUCAACAGGCAUUGCUUGAGCACCAUUUUCCACUUGAUAAGGCUGAGAAUAAGGGGAUCAAAAGAGAAGCAAAGAAAGUGCCUAUCGAUGAGGAUGGCAACUUUAUCAACGAAGUCGCCUUCGAAGUGGUGAACAAUGAGAGCUACCAGACUAAGCAUAUAGUGUUUAUCCACGGUUACGGUGCUUCGCUUGGAUGUUUUGCCAGAAACUUCCAUGUAAUCAACAAGCUUAGGGACCUCAAGUACAACUACAAAGUUCAUUUUCUCGACAACAUUACGUUUGCGUUGAGUUCUAAUCCGCCUGUGAAGAGUAUAGACUAUAGUGCGCCUAUACCCCAAGUGAACCACAUCAAGAUGACUGAUACGAAAACCACCGUGCCACAGGAGCUUUAUAAGAAGUAUUAUAAGCUUAUUGAAAGCUACAAGUUUGAUGCCGAAGAAUUUAAAAAGUCGAGGGAUGAGAUGGUGCCGGUUCUCAAGGACAUGGAAGACUACUAUACGUCAGCUUUAGACGGCUGGAGAAAGAGUUCCAAUAUUGAAAAGAUUGACUUUCUUGUUGGCCACUCCUUUGGUGGUUACUGGUCUGGUUCGUACGCUGUCAAGAACCCCGAGAAGGUCAAUGAAUUGGUGCUCUUGUCGCCUGUGGGUGUGGAAAGAACCGCUUACGCUGUUACAGCGCCUAUCCCUGAGCAGGAAGAGAACCUUCCAUCCUUGGAUCCAACUUCGUACAACUUCUUGAGCAGAUUUCCUAUUCUUCUGCAAGAUACAGUGUACAAAUGGUACCAUGUCCAGCCUAAGUUGCCUAGAUUGUUGAAGUACAUGGGUCCAUGGGGCGUUGCCAAGUACUACGAUAUGUGGUAUAGCAAGCUUUUCGCCAUCAACAAGGUGAUCAAGAAACUUGGCGGCUCAAAUGUCUUUCAAAGUGACAAUGAGCUCGUAUACGGCUCGAACACUGAAUGCCGCCUUCUUAUCGAGUAUCUAUACAAUUCGAUAACCACCGGCACCAAAUCAGAUAUCCAUGUCAAGUACCUCUUGACACCUGCUACUACCAGCAGAUGGCCACUCUACGACAAGUUCAUGGACUCCAACAAAGAGGCGCUUUCCAAGUUCAAGCUACACAUUGUUUACGGCCAAUACGACUUUAUGAACUCGGAAGCUGGCGAGAAGCUAGUCAAGGAGCUCCAAAAAACAUUUGACUUGGAUACAGCCCAAUACCAUACGGUGCCUGAAGGCGGACACAACUUGUACAUCCAGAACCCAUUUGGCACCAACGAGCUUUUGGAAAAGAUCGUCAAGGACGCCGAGGCACCGUAA